CCGGAGCGGGAGCCGGAGCGGAGCCCGGGCCGAGGCGGGCGGAAUGGAGCCCCCGCGCGCGCCCGCGUUGCGCCGCCUGCUCCCGCCGCUGCUGCUCCUGCUGCUGCCACUGCCCCCCCGCGCCCGGGCCAAGUACGUGCGGGGCAACCUCAGCUCCAAGGAGGACUGGGUGUUCCUGACAAGAUUUUGUUUCCUCUCGGAUUACGGCCGACUGGAUUUCCGUUUCCGUUACCCUGAGGCCAAGUGCUGUCAGAACAUCCUCCUCUAUUUCGACGACCCUUCCCAGUGGCCAGCUGUGUAUAAGGCAGGGGACAAGGACUGCCUGGCCAAGGAGUCGGUGAUCAGGCCGGAGAACAACCAGGUCAUCAACCUCACCACCCAGUACGCCUGGUCAGGCUGCCAGGUGGUGUCAGAGGAGGGAACCCACUACCUGAGCUGCUCCAGUGGCCGCAGCUUCCGCUCAGGAGAUGGACUGCAGCUGGAGUACGAGAUGGUCCUCACCAACGGCAAGUCCUUUUGGACACGACACUUCUCAGCCGAUGAGUUUGGGAUCCUGGAGACAGAUGUGACCUUCCUCCUCAUCUUCAUCCUCAUCUUCUUCCUCUCCUGUUACUUUGGAU